AUGUGUGGAUCGCCAACGUCGACGCCCGCUCCAAGGCUCCGGAAGUGUUCCGCAUCUGGUUCUGGAGCUGCUGAGGGUGCUGGUGCUGGAGGUUCUGGAGCUGCUGGAGGUACUGGCGCUGGUGGCGCUGGAGCUGGAGGUUCUGGAGCUGCUGAAGGUGCUGGUGCUGGAGGUUCUGGAGCUGCUAGAGGUACUGGCGCUGGUGGCGCUGGAGCUGGAGGUCUGGAGCUGCUGAGGGUGCUGGCGCUGGAGGUUCUGGAGCUGCUGCAGGUGCUGGAGCUGCUGGGGGUAUUGGAGCUGCUGGUUCUUAGUCUCCCUUCGUCUACUGGUCUUCCGUUACAGCCUGGCUCACCGCUGCCUGCUCCUUCUCCUUACACUGAGCAGCUAGGGGGUCUUACUGAGCGUCGUGAGCCUGCGUCGCGUCCUGUCUCGCCUGUCUGUUCUGGUCGUUCCGGUCGUCGUGUUCCCCGUCCGCGUCUGCCGGCUAUCCCCGACACCCACCUCGUAGUCCGUCGUCCUUCCUCUCCUCCGCAGCGUGUUCCUCUGCCGUCCCCUCCUGCGUCUUCUCUGCCUGUCGUUGCGGACCCCGAGUCUGACCGGUUUCGUGCUGAGCACCCUACUGUCACGCGUCUGCUAGCCACUGUUGUCACUGACCCGUCGUUUGAGUCUGCUGCUACGUCUGCCUUAGUUGCUGAGCUUGUUGACAUUGCUGCUGCCUGUCGUCUAGACUACGCCGCUAGUCUUGUUGCUGAGUCUGAGUCUGUCUGUCCUCCGUCCGUCGGGGGUGAGUGUGCUCUUGGCACGGACGUCCUUGAGGACAGGCAGGAGGACCUUGAGUGUCUUGCAGCCGCUGCGCCUCAUCUCGUGUCCAUGCUGCUUGCCCCUGAGGGAGACUCGGAUGCACCAGACAUCCCGACCCCGCGCUCUUACGCUGAGGCGAUCGCGGGUGAGUACUCCUCUCAGUGGCAGACAGCCAUGGACGCAGAGAUGGCAUCCUGGAAGUCCACAGGCACCUACGUCGACGAGGUUCCCCCACCUGGGGCGAACAUCGUCAGUGGCAUGUGGAUUUUCAGGGUGAAGCGGCCGCCAGGUUCUCCGCCUGCCUUCAAGGCGCGUUACGUUGCACGAGGUUUCAGUCAGCGAGAGGGAGUAGACUUCUUCCAGACCUUCUCCCCCACCCCGAAGAUGACCACUCUUCGGGUGCUGCUGCACGUUGCCGCUCAGCGUGACUACGAGCUUCACUCUCUUGACUUCAGCACAGCCUUCUUACAGGGCAGCCUGCACGAGGAGAUCUGGCUGCGCCGCCCACCUGGCUUCACUGGGUCGUUCCCUCCUGGUACCCAGUGGAGCCUCAGGCGGCUGGUCUACGGUCUCCGCCAGGCGCCACGUGAGUGGCACGACACACUGAGGACGACACUUGCAGCUCUUGGGUUUGCUCCGUCGACUGCUGACCCGUCGCUGUUUCUGCGCACCGACACUUCGCUGCCGCCGUUCUACAUCCUCGUACCUGGGUGA